AGGAGCUUGGGCGGAAGAAGGAUGGAGAAGUGCCUGGUGGGACUGAGAACAACUUGAGAGCUCGUUUCCAGCCCGGGCUGCUGGGAGGGUGAGGCAGGCUACUCGGGGGCCUGGGGAACCACCCAUCAAGCUGCUGGCCUCUACCUGGCAGAUGUGACUCCUGCCCUGGGCUGUGCUCCCCAUCAUGGCUGACACCAUCUUCAGCAGUGGAAAUGAUCAGUGGGUGUGCCCCAACGAUCGGCAGCUUGCUCUGAGAGCCAAGCUGCAGACAGGCUGGUCUGUGCACACGUACCAGACGGAGAAGCAGAGGAGGACCCAAUGCCUGAGCCCCGGAGAGGUCGAGGUCAUCCUUCAGGUCAUCCAGAGAGCAGAGCGGCUGGACAUCCUGGAGCAGCAGAGGAUUGGGCGGCUGGUGGAGCGGCUGGAGACGAUGCAGAAGAACGUGAUGGGCAAUGGUGUCUCCCAGUGUCUGCUCUGCGGGGAGAUGUUGGGAUUCCUGGGCAGCUCCUCUGUAUUCUGCAAAGACUGCAGGAAGAAAGUCUGCACCAAGUGUGGGAUCGAGGCUUCCCCCGGCCAGAAGCGGCCCCUGUGGCUGUGUAAGAUCUGCAGUGAGCAGAGAGAGGUCUGGAAGAGGUCAGGGGCCUGGUUCUACAAAGGGCUCCCCAAGUACAUCUUGCCCCUGAAAACCCCUGGCCGGGCUGAUGAUCCCCACUUCCGACCUCUGCCUAUGGAGCCCACAGAACCGCAGCCUCAGAGUGCUGAAGUCAGCCGUGUCUACACGUGGGCCCGAGGGAGAGUGGUUUCUAGUGACAGUGACAGUGACUCAGAUCUCAGCUCCUCCAGCCUGGAGGACAGACCUAUGCCCUCUGGGGUCAAGGGCACAAAAUGUGACAAGCCUAGAGGGGACUCAGGUAGCAGCAUGGAGUCACCCAGGAUGGGGCCUGCCCGACCGCCCAGCCAUCUUUCUGGCAGCCAGAGCAGCCUGGGCAGUGAGACGGGGGCAGGUGCUACAGAUCCACAGGGAGGCACCCUACCCCGGCCUGAGCCCAGGGUAUCCGGCAAAAGGCAUACGUGGGCAACUACCCGUUACUGAGGUGGCCAGCUGACCUCCCUGGGCUGAGGCACACUCUCUGGAGGAAGAUUCAGAGAGAGACAACAGGGCCAGCCUACCGGAGCCCCUCUCUGAAGGUUCCUGAGGGCUCACAAGCUCCCUGAUACCUUGACCUGCAACUCAACAAGCCAGUGUUUGGGGACCGGACCGAGCGUGCUUGCCCCCACCCUGUAGUGCCUUCUCUACUAUCUCACUCAGCACCCCACCUUUUAUUUAUUGCCCCUCCCCCAUCCCAGUCACAUCUCGAUUUGUUCGGGCCUUGGGUUGGGUUGGAAAGGCCUUCCUCUAUGCACUGAAGUUUGGGUGGGACCACACAGGGCUUUCUUUGUACUAAUGAUGCGCACUCUAACCCUCAGUAUGACCUGCGGAGCUGAGCAACCCCCACCCCCUCACCCCACCACAUUCCCAGUGUAAGCCUGGAGCACCAGGCUUUCCCUAUUCCUCCAACUGGUGGAGGCCAGAGCAAGGUCCUAUUUGCCCCGAGGCUGGUCCAGGAGCUGAGUUAAAUCCAGCUUUGAGGUUUCCCCGAAGCCCCUAUUGGCCUCUGGGCUUUUGUUCUACCCUGAAACACAGCUCCCCCUCAGACAUUAAAAUGCCUUUUGUUCUUCAGUGGAAAACAAAGCUCCCACCCUGCCUCAUGCUCGCUGGCCCAGCCUGGGAGUUUCAAAUUCUAAAGCCAGAGCAAGUGUGAAAAAUAUUCAAAAUACAGAUGCUUCUGGAAAACCCCUCCCUGGGGUGGGGGUGAGGAGGUGUCCUAUGCCCUUCCUUCCCUGAGUCCAGUUCCAUCCUUCCCCACCACCAUCCCUCCCAGGCCACCACCAUUAUUAGCCUUUUGCCUGUUGCUGCUGGCAGAAGACAAACUUCACUAUUUCCCUGAGAUGUGUAGCCAUCAGCACUAACAUAAUAAACAUGAGAAUUUUCACCAAGCCUCUCUCAUCCAAAGACCACAAUCCCCACAUUCUGACCUGUGCUGGGAUAGCAGUGGAUGGAUUAAAAUAUGUAGCACUGA